AUGCCCGAAGUGCCGAAGUAUGAUAGGAUUUCAGAUCUAUAUGAGCACAUUACCACCUACACAACAACAGUGAAAAGAAAUGAUUUGGCUCCUCAGAAAAUUGAGUCCGUGUUGCUGAAGAAAUUUGGUGAAACUCUCACGAGGGGAGCUUUAAUGUGGUAUUCAUUAUUGCCCGAGCAUUCCAUAAAUUCCUUUGAAAUGCUCGUAGAUUCUUUUAUCAAUGCUCAUGCUGGUGCUAGAAAGAAGAAAAGGAUGUUUCUACCAGCAGUCCCAGAUGAAUGGGCAGCUGAAGCAGUCACCAAAGGUUUAUAUCCAAGAAGUUCGUACGCUUCCCGGAAGUUGAAAGAAAGUCUGCUCGAGUUCCAAGCGAUGCCUUGGGCGGAUGUUCACAACCGGUACGAGUCAAAAAUAAGGAUAGAAGACGAUCAGAUGGACUCCGAGGGGGAGGUUUUUGCCAUACGACGGACAGAAGGUCGUGGCAGGAGCUUCCGUACAGCAGACAAGUUCACCGUUGAUAGAAGGACCGAUUGUGGCCGGAACUACAUAUCGCUGCAGGAUAAAGAAAUCUGGGGGUCGCGAGAUUCUUCUUACCCAAAGUUAUCAGAAUAUAACUUCAAUGUCAGUGUAGUCGAGUUGGUGUCAGCCAUGAGGAAUAUCAAAGAGGCACGAUUCCCAAGACCUAUGAAAUUUGAUCCCAGCCAGAGGGAUCCCAAUUUAUGGUGUGAAUACCACGGCACUAACGGCCACCGGACCGAGGACUGCCGACACCUCCGGGAAGAAGUGGAAACACUGUUAAAGAAUGGUCACUUCAGAGAAUUCUUGAGUGACCCAGCUAAAAAUAACUAUGGUCGGAACAUGGGUGACACGUAA